UGGGCGUUCUUGCGGGCCUUUUUGCCUUUUUGUUUGCAUUCUCCUGGACUUAGGGAGGCAAUCCUUCCUAUUUCUUCUUUCUUGACUUCCUUUUCUUGUGGAUGUUGCGAUUUAACGAAACCGUCAUGAGACUUUUCUUUUUUUUUCUCUACCAUCUUCCAUUUUCUACUCAUUUGUCCGUCCACUUGACUAUUCUUCCAGCACGUAGCUCGAUAGAUAUGGUGACCGAGAGCGAAGACAGUAAUUGUAGUUAUUUGAGUGAUUGUGAGAGUUCAGAGUGGGAACACAGAGAUGGAGAGAUGAACGACAGGUCAAGACUGGGUAAGAAGAGGAAAGGAGAUAUCUGUAAGGUGACGUUUAAGUCAGAGUGGAGAGUAUAAUGGACGCUCGAGUAAGACGUGUAGAAGAGCCGAGGGCGGAC